AUGGCCUUUUAUACGUCUCGCAUGUUGUUGAAUGUUGUACUGCUCUCCUCAUCGCCGCCCUCCGAGAUCCUCUUUAUCGACCCUUUGAACUUGCUCGCUCCGACUGUCUAUCUCGACAAGUUCAUUCCACAGGUCAUAGCAUCGACACCGUCUCCAAGCUGUCAACAUGGUAAGCUCCUCUCCGGUCGUGUUCUCGCGGUCGAUCUCCUCAACCCUACGCCCCAGGCGGAGGCCCGCAAGCACAAGCUGAAGAUGCUUGUGCCUGCUCCUCGAUCCUUCUUCAUGGACGUCAAGUGCCCCGGUUGCUUCACAAUCACCACCGUCUUCUCACACGCCCAGACCGUCGUCAUCUGUGCCGGCUGCUCGACCGUCCUCUGCCAACCCACUGGUGGCAAGGCUAGAUUGACCGAAGGCUGUUCUUUUAGGAGAAAGUAG